AGUGGCCUGCUUACGCUGCACAUGCCUCUCUCUUUAAUUCCUCUAAUAUAUGCUCCCCAGUGUUCAAAUCAGCAUUAGAAUUUUACAUUAGAGAACACCACACAGUCUUGUUUCACUCAUAUUUAUAAAGCACUGUGAAAAUGGACCAGUUCCAGGGUACAUGGAAAUUAACUGCAAGUGAGAAUUUUGAUGAAUACAUGAAGGCCAUAGGUGUUAGUUUUGCGUCCAGGCAAAUCGCUAAUUUGGCCAAGCCAACUCUGUUAUUCAGCAUGGAUGAUCAGGGGCUCAUAUCGAUGAAAACCACAACUACUUUCAAGACAGUGGAAAUAAAAUUCCGGUUGGAUGAGGAAUUUGUCGAGAUCACCGCAGAUGACAGGCAGGCAAAGACUGUUAUGGGACUGGUGGAUGGUAAACUCAUUCAAACACAGACCUGGGAAGGCAAGAGCACAACGAUUGAAAGAGAAGUUCAGGGUGGGAAAUUGAUAGCGAAAUGCAUCAUGGAUGACGUGGUAUGUACGAGGACGUAUGAGAAAGAUCAGUGACCCACUUUUACAGACCUGCUGAAAAGACAAUACCUGUAUCCUAAAUGGCUACAUAAUCCAAAUUAAUGUACACAUUAAAUAUGAUAUAACAGCUUCUACGCCCCAUGCAGUGCCCUCACUGUCCAGGAGGGAGCGGAAGUGGAUUUCAGUGAAACAUCCAGCUUUCAAGAGCUCAUUUUUUUAAAUGUUGUCUAUUAAAACUCAUUGAUCUAAUUGUUAUAAAACCAAGCAAGAUGUCAAUAAAAUUGAAUAAACUAUG